CUGGAUCGUUCACAUGCAGAUGGAUAUGUAUUUUAUAGUCUGUACCGUUAAGGUAUGUACCAGUACUGAUAUCUCAUCCUCUCGAGUUUAGGACCGUCCGAAUACCGCCGUCAACGACCAGAUCAUGUCCCUGGUUCUACCGUCAUUCCCACUUCUUUCGAGUUCGGAUUUCCAAGCCGUAUGCUCAACAGCAAUCCAUGAGUUGCAGUCAGGGAAAUGGUUAACUCCUGCGGAUUGGAACAUCUCCAGAUUGGAAAGCAACGACGGUAGUGGCCAAGGAUUAAUCGGUCUGCGUAUCAUUCGGGCACUGGACAACCCCGAUCAGUUUGGACAAGAUGCGGAUAAGGAUGAUGAUGAGCUUCUCGAGGAACACGAUACUGAGAGACUUUCAAUCUCAGUAGCAAGAGCACAUCGAUAUCGGGUUUUUUAUGAUAUUAUGCUUUCGCCAUCUAUGCAAAUGCCCGUGGUUUGGUUUAGCAUCCACCGCGCGAAUGGAACCGCAGUCCCGCUCCAACGAGACGUUAUAAUAGAUUCUCUCGUUCCAACCAACGUCCGUAGCGAGCUCACAACCCAGGGUGCUGGUCCACUCGGUGGCAUAUCGCAAGCGAUCCACCCUAACACGGGUUUCCCGGCGUGGUACAUCCAUCCCUGCGAGACUGCGAACGCUUUGAGAGAAGUUCGUGGAGAUGUUGGAUCCGUUCAUACAGACGAGUAUCUGCGCCUUUGGAUGGGAGUGGUUGGACCAGCAGUCGGGCUCUACUGGCCGCAGCCAAGAUGACGCCGGUACCUGCCGUGCUUUCUGACCCCUAUUUAGAGCUCGUGCUGCCAAACAGAGCAUGUCGUUCGCCAAGAGUGAACUUGAUAUAUUGGUGCUGUUGAAGGAGGCGGCCUCAUACGAAGCCUUUUGGAGCGAAGGCUGCGGCAGAAUGUGGAGUGAUGCCAAUGUCCUCUACGAGUCGUCCAUUAAUCUUCAUCGCUCAUCUCCAUCUCGCUCUCCUCAUCCUCCAUGGGGGCAUCGCCAUCUUCCUCGCCUUCGCUCUCAUCCCGCGGCCUCUUCGUCCCAAUCGCUGCCGGCGAAGCUUCCUUUGCGGGAGCUGCACCUCCGGUGGUGGUACCUGCUGAUGGGAGACCUAUAGGAGCAGUGAAAAUAGAGGGUUGCGCAGCAGCUCCAGGAACGGUCGAGCCGGAGGGACCGGUGGAUGGGAUAUUGAAUGUGCCGUCGAGCUUAGAGAUGGUAUUC